AUGGCUUUCAAUUCAAAGAAGACAUAUGGCGAACGAAUUGAAAAUUUUACUAAUAUAGCAGCUCGUGAACUUCUCACACUUAUGGAACGUAAAAAAACCAAUCUCUCUCUCGCUCUUGAUGUAAAUACAAAACGAGAGUUUCUUGAAAUAGCUGAUAAAGUUGGACCAUAUAUUUGUUUGUUAAAAACUCAUAUAGACAUUUUGGUAGAUUUUGAUCAAGACUUUAUUGAGCAACUCAAAAAGUUGCAAAAUAAACACGAUUUUAUGAUAUUUGAAGAUAGGAAAUUCGCUGACAUUGGAAAUACUGUUAAACAUCAAUAUUCUAAGGGCAUUUACAAGAUUGCGGAAUGGGCAAAUAUUACGAAUGCGCAUCCUUUACCGGGAGAUGGAAUAGUUUCCGGAUUAAAAGAAGUGGGAUUGCCCUUGGGUCGUGGGUUGUUGUUGCUUGCGGAAAUGUCUUCUAAAGGUAGUUUGGCAACUGGCGCAUAUACAGAAGCUGCAGUAGAAAUGGCUCGUAGACAUCGAGAUUUUGUUAUUGGAUUUAUUGCUGGACGUAAAUUAGUUAGUAAUGAAAAUGAAGAUUUUAUAGUCAUGAGUCCCGGAGUUGGACUUGAUUCUUCAAAAGAUGGAUUAGGUCAACAGUACAGAACUCCAAGAAAUGUUAUAUUGGAAAGUAACAGUGAUAUUAUCAUCGUGGGUCGUGGAAUUUAUGAAAGUGAUAAAGAUGUUAUUGAAGAGGCUUUACGGUAUAAGAAUGCGGGAUGGAAUGCUUAUUUAGAAAGGUUGAUGAAUUAA